GAAUUUACCAAAAACCAACCCGGAAAACAAUUUGGGAGGAAAAAUGGCGGUUGUUUAUGAACAUUUUAUUUGCAGAUGUUUUAAACAAAUUCACGCGUACUCCCAUAAGAUAUGUAGGAUUGUCAGGAUACCACGAAUACUUGGAUGCUUGGAUGAAAGCUUUGUGGUGAUCCUGGGUGUGAAUGCGUGAUUACAGAAGAUUAGAUUAUGCUAAAAUGUCACAAAGCAAGAGCCAGAGUUCCUUCCUAGAGGAUGUCAAGACUUGGAAUGAAGACACCUGCAAAACGAGGCUAGCUCACACACUCCCAAAGCUUAUCGGCCAGUAUUGUAAUGGAGGUAAUACGGUCGUCAAGGCAACCAUCCUCAGAGUCAUGGUGGAUUCCUUCCUUCCCUGCAUGGAGAUGGAGAAUCUGGAAGAGCAGUUCUUCACAAAAGUUCUCCCGCAGACUCGUCUAGUGUUUGACAACACUUUGGGGAACAUUCCAACAACUAUCAAUGACGCACCAGCCCAGGAAGACAGUUACUUCCUGAAGGAAAAGCUGCAGACAUUAUUGCAGAUUACUUUGGACGUUCUGGAGUGCCUAUGUUCCUGCGUAUUGCAUGUCAUCAACGCAUCGUGUGGGGGCGCCCUUUCCAUUGACACAGUGCGAUCUUUGCCGUCCUCUGUGCUACAUGUCGUCCGCAGAUCUUUCCACCACUGCAAAGACAGCACUUCAAUUUAUGGUGAUCAUUUUCCCCUGGUGUCUGAGAUCCUGUCUUCCCUGUUCAAGAAAGCCUACAGUCUGCAGAAGUCCCUGACUAUUUUACUGGAGGCAGUACGUCUGACAGCUGAGGAUGGAGAGGAAUGCGUUGAGGAUGUGGCCCAGUUGUGUAGUGGCUUCCACGACUUGUGUAUCGUCAUCGGUGACAUGGACAGCACUCUGCUGGUCAGCACGUGGAGAUUUCUGGUCAAGAUGGCCUGCAAGCACAAAGAACUCUUGAAGAAUGUCCUUCAGAUCCAUCCCAUCAUAGCGACACUGUGCUCAGACAUCAAGACCAACUUUGACCAGUGCCUGCGGCUGGCCCCCCACCCACCCACCACCCAGUCCUCCCAGGGGGGCGAUGAGAAGGCCUUCGCCAAGACCUUAAAGAUCUGCGGCCUGUGCAUUAAGAUGCUGAUGCACCUUCUCAAGGAAUUUGAGGGGUACCUGGGUCCGUGCAUGGGGGAGUUGUACGAACUGGUCUUGGCCUUACAGAGUCAGGCGCCACCCAGCGUCCAUGCUCCCGACAUCUUCAGCAAUGCCCAAAGUGAGAUUGACAGAUCCCUGUUGGUAUGCGUGGAACCACUCCUGCAACAGCUGAUAGGCAACACUCUAUUCCGUGACGCUGUAACGGCUGUGAAGCAAGACGUUCCUGCAAAGUUUGACUUUGGACGACUUCUCACACUCAUGAAGGUCUUGAGAAUCCUGCCAUCAUGCCCAGAGCAGACGCAGAUAGCUUGGAUGGAGGCCACAACCCCAUCGUGGGAGGAGCCUAGAGAUUCCAUCUUGGGGGCGGUCUUCAGGAGCUAUGCCAAAUGUUAUGUUGAGGUGGCGUUACCGAUUAAACUGCCGAUUGUCGUCCGCCAAGGCCAACCUCAGCAAGAUGUCAGCUUGAGGGAGUAUGUGACCAUCCAGUUGUGUGGCUUUGUUGCGUCAGUCAGCACCGCAGACUUUGCCGUCGUCGAGACGUGUUUGUUGGAGAAUGUGGUCUCCAGUGAGCUGAAUUGCGCCCUGCUGGCAAUGGACGUCUGGUGCUUCCUCGCAAGAUAUGGCACUGCCAAGCUGUGUGCAAGUCAUGUGCAUCUGGUUGCCGACCUUUUGACCUCUACACAGGCCAAUCACAGCUCGGGUUACAUGCAUCUCAGCAUGUUGCUGUGGCGACUGGUCCCUCUGAUGGCACAGGAGCACCAGGACGAGCUACGGACAAAGUUUCCACCAAAGGAACAUGCUGCUCUGUGGAGACACGUACCCCUGCCAGCAUUUCAGGAAGCACAAAGGAGAGUCAUUGCAGCGGAUUUGGUGGGGCAUGGCUUGGAACAAUGCAGCGAUUGGCUGAAUGCCAACGAUCAUACGUAUAGCUCAUUGCAACAGUUGAAAAACGGGUUAUCUUGCAUGUCUGACGUGUACCGACAGUUUGAGAAUUUGAGUCUACCAAUCAGCACGCAGCUUACACAGAGCGUCAUGGAGACAGUUGCCGGGCUGUGGGAAGUACUCCCAUUGGACAGAAUCAAGUCACAUGAUAUGAUCAGUACUUUAAUCGACAUGACUGGUUGGAUAAUAUCAUCAGCUAAGGCAACAAAGCACUUGUGUAGUUUACUGCCGAGUGCGUCUUUGAAAGUUAGACUGGAGGUUGUCAACUUCCUGCACAGGUCAAGAAAGGUCAAAGUUCAAGGUAGUCCCCAGCUGAAAGACAUUCUAGCUGGGUUAGCCGAGUUGUUCUCUGCAUUGCUAGCUGACCAGCACUGCAUCGUACGCCAGAUGGCAUUGCAAGCCUUCAGUGCAUUUGCAGAGGAAACAGCUCAUGAGUCAGUUGUACCGGAGUGUCUUCAGGUAGAGUCUACUCAUAGUACAGUAGUGGAUUUUUUGAAUCAGAUUCCAAAGGAGUGUGCACAGACUGCCAAGACCGAAGUGGAAUGGCUCCAGGAGCAAGCAGAACAACUCCUUAGACAUCUUGUCAAAGACGAGGCAGCGCGAGAAGCGAGACAUGAAUCAGCUGAUGAGGAGCAGGAUACCUGUCUCCCGGGACAACAGCCACUGAUUGGCCAAGGCAGCGGGGAACCGGCCAGAGCUGGUGACAAGGCUGACAACGAAUGUAGUGACGAUAGGCCUGCUGCUAAGAGGCCAAAGAGAGAAGACAUUGACGAAGAGUAUCGCCAGACUAUCGGCAACAUUCAGUCCAGUCUGCAGGUCAUGAAAGAACUGAGGGACAGAGGUCAAGGGUUGCCACUGCCGGCCUGGCUCCGGACAGAGCUGCUGGCAGCCAAAGAACAGAUUGUGGGGCUGAUACCAGACACAUGAGGUCAGGGGUCACCAUCAGGCUGGCUCCGAGCAGAGCCGUUAGUAUUUAAAGAAUGGAUCAAGAGGCUGAAGCCAGAUACAUGAGGUUAGGGGUCACCAUCAGGCUGGCUCCGAGCAAAGCUGUUGUAACUUUAAUGGAUCAAGAGGCUGAAGCCAGACACGAGGUCAGGGGUCACCAUCAGGCUGGCUCUAAGCAGAGCUGUUGGUGCAUAAAGAAUAGAUUGUGGGGCUGAUACCAGACACUUGAAUUCAGGGGUCACCAUUAGCCUGGCUCCGAGCAGAGCUGUUGGUGCUUAAAGAAUGUAUCACAAGGCUGAAACCAGACACAUGAGGUCAGUGGUCACCAUCAGUCUGGCUCCGAGCAGAGCUGUCUGUACUUAAAGAAUUGACUGUGGGGUUGAUGCCAGACACAGGAGUUUGAGAUUUGCUGUAUCGUGUUUUUGUUGAUCUAAUGAGACUAGUGUAUGUAUUUUCACAGUGGUGUAAAGAGACUUUAAAAAAAGGCUGUGACAGAAUUCGGAUCAAUGGAAGCGUUGCAAUUGGAUUUUGAAAUCGUUUACAGAAAUUGAAAAGUUGCAAUUGUUCCCCCCCCCCUAAUUCAUGAUCAACUCACUGAUGAAAAGCAAAAAGACCCAAAAUAUUCAAUUACUUGAGAUGAAUAAAUGUGUAAAGACAUUGUCAGUUUGUUAAUAGUUAAACGAUAAAUAAAUGAAUAUAUACAUGUAUUUAUGAA